CCGCUCCGCCGUCUCCAUCCAAUUCCAUCUCCUCGGAGCUCCAAGCGACCAUCAUGUCCGGCCGCGGCAAGGGCGGGAAGGGUCUGGGCAAAGGCGGCGCCAAGCGCCACCGUAAGGUGCUGCGGGACAACAUCCAGGGCAUCACCAAGCCGGCGAUCCGGCGGCUGGCGCGGCGGGGCGGCGUGAAGCGCAUCUCGGGGCUCAUCUACGAGGAGACCCGCGGCGUGCUCAAGAUCUUCCUCGAGAACGUCAUCCGCGACGCCGUCACCUACACCGAGCACGCCCGCCGCAAGACCGUCACCGCCAUGGACGUCGUCUACGCGCUCAAGAGACAGGGGCGCACCCUCUACGGCUUCGACGGCUGAUCUGCUGCUGCUCCCUCCAGUCUCUGCCAGCUCCUGUUCCAUCUGUCGGUUUGCGUCUGUGCGUGUGUUGUUUCCAUCGGUCUGUGUACCAGUGGACGCCAUGAAUAUGGAUGCAAUGAAAUCAGCGUUCUUGCGGUGUUAA